CUAUUUAUUACACGAUUUUUUGAUUUCGACUACUUUUAUUAAGAAAAAUCUUAGGAUAGUCGUUUACGGAAUAUUUAACGAGGAUUGAUCGCAAUUACAAUGCAAUUGAUCAAGUAAUUCGAAUAAUUCGUACUCAGUACAUUGUGGAAUGUGCGAGGAGGAGCUACUGUGUUACGCAGCUCUGCAUGAUGCCACCCGAAAAAUACGUAAUAAACAUGAAAAAUUCGUGUCUUACGCAUUAUCGGAUUAACAUUUUACCGCUUGACAUAAGAUAUGAACUGUUUUACGGGGAUACAUUCACGGUUAAACGAUUUAAAACCGUAUUUCUUAUUUUUACUCGGUAGCAUGUAUACGUGGCAACAGGGCAAAGUGGUCGAGUGCUCUGUCACUUCCUAGUCAAAAGAAAUUCUUCGGGCACAAACAAUAAUAUAUUUACACUGUUUAAGUAGUGAAACACGGUGUAACUCUGAAAGAGUGCUCUCCGAUAUACAUCUGAUAUAUUUAACUGUCCGUCGAAGUAUCGGCAGAGAAUCUUUUUCUGUGUAAAUUAUCGCAUCAGCAAGCGUCGGUUUAUAUAUUACAUGUGCAACCUGUGUUAAACACUUCAUGCUUGGUAUUUUACGAACAUAUCUGGAAAAGAAUGCAAUUUGAAACCAAUUAAGAGGAUGUCGUGCAUUAAUUGAUCGAUUAAUCGACGCAGGACGAAUAUAUGUGUACAUCUUUGUACGAAUGAAUAUGUAAACAUAUACAUGUACAUUUUUGCAUACAUCCGCAAAGUGUUGGAAUUUAAAGCGUGAACCAAUUGUUUGCGUACAUUGUAUUUGCUGAAAUAUUUAUGGCUUACAUAAAUACAAUAAGCUAAUGUAUGCUGUGUCACAUCCAUUAUUUAUAUGGUAUUUUGUUCAUUGGCACAUUGUACGUAUUAUGAAGAUUACCUGAUGAAAGAACAUUGCGGACCAAGAACAGAAAGCAGCAAGUAUAGUGCUGCUAAUGGUGCUUUGGCACUGUUAUUGUUGUCCUCCUAACAACACGAUGGAGGAACCAGCGAAGAAAAAACAACGCAUUGAAAAUAAUGAUGUCGAGAGGAAUACGUUAUCGGAUAUCGAGCAGCUUCAGAAUAGCCUGUUGGCACAAUGCUUAUGUAACAUACCUGAGAGCAGUUUGCGCAAACCGUUCACUAGUGCUACUGUGGAAGCAGCUGAUGGCAGUUUUCGAUCUUCGUUAUUAUCAGAGUGGGGACCUGAUCAAACUUUAGAAUUUCUAAGCGCUUUACAGCUUCUGUUUGAUUUGGCUAUCAAGCAAAACACCAGAGGUUUAAUGUGUAGAAGAGUGGUAGAUGUUUGUGAUGCGCUGGCGCGAAACGAGCAUGGCAUUAUAGAUCAAAUAAUUGACCUAUCGUGUACAACAAACAAAUUCAUAUCGUUUACUGCUAGUAGAGUUCUCGCAUCUUUUUUUAUUGUAACAAAGGAAAAUAUUGAUACGGCUUGGUUAGAGAGACUUACGCAAUCUUUGGUGAAUACUCAUUCUCCAAGUCAAAUGUUGUUCACUUUGGAUGUUGUAAAAAGAGUUGUAGAGCAUAAGGACUGCAGUGUUCAUCCCCUUGAGGAUACAGAUAGUAUAACACAACCAACACAUUGUAAUACGAUAACAAUUUCAGAUGCAGAAAGUUUUGAUAGUACACCAGUAAAAGCGAUGUGCGUGAAAGCAUUAGAAUCUAAAUGGACUAUAUUAGUAUCAAAAUUCGAUGCCAUUCUGAGCUCGUACACACCUCAACACGAAUCAGCUGUUAUCACAUUUCUUGAUUUGUGGGAGUCAAUUAUUUCCGUAAAAGCUAAUUUGUCUGUCAUUGACACCAAGCUUUUUUAUUCUCAGUUAGAUAAUCUGGUUGUACUUUUGAAUGCCAAUGUUCCUGGUGUGAUUUGGAGACAUCUACUUGGAUUAUUUAACGAAGUAUUAUGUUAUGGAAGCACAUUGGCAUUGCAAGAUGUACUUCCAGACGAGCCUUGCUCUCUUGCACACUUCAUUGUGCGUGCCGUAAAAGAUUGGAGAUUAUUAGAUGCUUUACCAUAUCGACAUGGUUCUGGAAGAUUUGGAGGAGGUUCAGGAGAAGGUGAUCGUCCUCUUUUGCAAAAGAUCGUGCUUUUAGUUCUAAAAGGUGUUGCCGUGACUGUUAAAGAGACACGAAGCGAUUCUAGUGACUCCUCCCUGGGUUCUGAAGCAGAGGAUCUUGAUGCUGAUAUGGCAGUUAUUGAAAGAAGCAUAAGAGAAGUUUUACGACAACUGGAUCAGUGUGUAAAAACAUUAAUGCCAUUUCAUCCUGAAAUGCCUUUAUCCCAGUGGGUUGUACAAAUGUUCCAUGAUCAAGAUGACUUUCUGAUUGAAGGAAUGGUGUGUUGUUUGGAUGUAGCUGUUGGCCUAUUUUAUAGAGGACCUCCACAAAACGAUCUUGGUCACAUGCUCAGUCCAACUCUAACUUUUAUUCAAUUUGUACAUGCUGUAUCACAUGAUCCAGACGUUCUUCUAGAUUUACUCGUUAGCAACGAAACCUGUUUCUUAUUAUACUUAUUGAGAUUCUUGAAAUAUGUUAAAAGAAACUGGACAGAGUUUGUCUCUUGUUGUGGAAGAGAGCUAGACAACACCAUGACAAUAUUGAUAAGACUUCGUUUAGCAAUUGAUAGAUUAGUAUCUAAGGCUUUGUUUCCUUAUAACAUAAAUCCAGUUCUACGUUUGUUAGAAAAAUGUGAGUCCUUCUAUGAAGGCAAUAUAGAGAAUUAAUUAUUCGAUUGUAUGAUAAGCGUGAAAUUCAAAAUUCAGGUUUUUUAGAUUGAUAUGUACAAACUGUAAGAAUACAAAAAUUUGUCAACUGACCGAUUUUAUCAGUCAGAAAAUAUUACAAAAUUGUACAGCCUCGUUAACUUCAUUUUGAAAAAAUGACUGAAUUAAGCUACUGACUUGUGUAAUAUUGAAUAUGUAGAUUAAUAUUAUAGAAAUGAAAGAAAAACAUUUUUAUUUAUUAUAUUUAGCAAAAUUGUUUUCAUUCAGAAAUAUUAUUGAAUUUCUACCGACAAAAAUUAAUAUUUUGCAUUUCAUGGUUGAAGUAUAAAUGGGUUGAAGUAGUACAAAAGUUAGCUAAAAUUACAUGCUUCACGAUGAAAUUGCACUUUUAUGGUGCUAUGAAAAUUUAUUUGCCAAAGCACCAUUGGAAGUAAAUUUAAAUGUAUAUUAGAAUAAUAUUUAUGUGUAUACAUCUAACUAAAUGUACAAGUUGCCAGUCAAUUAGAGUCCUGUAAACUGAAUUCUGAUGUGCACAAUAAUAUGUAUUAAAUAGGUUUUUGUGUACAUUAUUUUAUUAUAUUUUAAGAGACAUAUGUAACUUUUGAAAAACUUUUACAAAAACUCACAAUGCUUACGGAAGUUUUCAAUUUCUGUAUUAUAAAAGUGCAGGGUAUUAAAUUAUAAAAUUGCUUUUUCAAUGUUAUGCUGAAGAUACUAGUAAAAUAUCUAAUUUUAUCAUUUGUUAACAAAAUCUAUAAAUAAAUUUGUCACAUUUUUUUAUUUUGUCCAUGUACUUAAAAGCAGGUGUAAAAUUCAAUAAUGUUUAUUAAGAUGAAACAUGUCAUAUUUGUAUGAUUUAUUAACAUUGUAUAAACAAUAUUGUAUAAUAUUGGAAAUAUAUAAAUGUAAAAUUACUGGCGAUGAUUACGAGAAUCAUUGGCAUUUAAAGUUAUGCCAGUAUUAAUAAAUUAUUUAAUCCAAAUGGCAAUAAUUACUUCUAUGUCGGAAGUUCAGAAAACAAUAUUUACCACGACUAUUUCGAUAUAUUUCAUCGAAUUAAAAUAUUUGUACAUAACGAUUGUAAUGUUAAUUAUCCAUUAGUUUAAGAUUAACUUUGUAAGUAUGAUACACGUAAUACACUAAAAAUCUACAUAUUUUUACUUUUAUAA